AGCCUCCUAUUUCACUUUAUCUGAUUUCCCUUCUUCCAUUUCAAUUUCCGCCGCGAGACUUUCUUCCUCGGCCGGCGGCUCCGCCUCUCUUCUUCGUCUUCUUCGCGAGUCCACGCUGGCAUCGUCCCCUCCGAACUACAGUUGCGUCAAUUUUUAUAAGAGCAUGAGAAUCUUACAAGAAGCAAUUUUGAGUUCGAAGAUUUCGAUUCGAUAGAGAGGCGAGUGGUUCUGCAAAUGCUACAAUCGUCCCCUCUGACUAUAUUCUCUAUUAAAGAACAGGAAAGAAGGAAAGAAACAACACAUAAUGUCUGGGAACGACGAAGAAGAUAGAGCAAAGAAUGGUGAAGAUGAAGCUUUUCAAAACUCAUCGAGCUCCAUAAAAAUUUGCAAAGGCAACCUCAUCACCGCAGCGAGCGACGACAAUCUCAAUCAAGUCUUUCGCCAGAUCAAAUCUUCAAAAUCUCCCACAGUCAUCAACUACGGGGCAUCAUGGUGCGGCGUUUGCAGCCAGAUACUGCCUGCAUUUUGUCGGUUGUGCAACGAGUUCCCUAAGCUAUCGUUCGUGUACGCUGAUAUCGACAAAUGUCCGGAGACUACGCAGCGCAUCCGGUACACGCCGACGUUCCAAUUUUAUAGAGACGGCGAACGGGUCGACGAGAUGUUCGGCGGCGGAGAAGAGCGCCUUCGUGAUCGGGUUUGGCUUCAUUCUUAACUUGUUCGAUUAUUUUUUCUUAUCAUCAAAUUAGAAUAAAUUCUAGCCUAGUAAUUUUAGAUUUAAUCUUAUAGAGAACUAAAAUGGUAAGAAGAUAAGUUACGAAAGAUUAAAAUUUGGAUUGUUGUAAGUUUAAAGGUAAGGUGAAAAAAAAAAAAUCUAUCAAAACUGCAUGAUUGUACAAAUUUAUUUUUGACCUUUUUUUCAUCCAUAUUGAUAAUUUAUAAUAACAAUUUUAUAGCACAUGUUAGAAACA